AUGUCAACAGUAACCGUGCGCUGCGCUCGCUGGGCCGGGUGUCGAGCUCCCCAGCAGCCGGCCACCGAGUGCCCGAGUUCCAGGUGUCGGAGCAGAUUGGAAACUCAGAAGGGAAUCUUUGACCCAAUGGUGGAAAAUCCAGUUUUACGUGACCAACUGAAUCAUUAUCGGGUAGCUUCUGAAACAGCUCGCAGUGAACUGGCUGCACUGCAGGUCAAAUAUAAAGGCAGUCAGACUGAGCUCACAGACACUUGCCUGAAGCUCACAUCUCAAGAGGGUUAUAUCCAGGAGCUAAAGGCAGAAGUUGAAAGCUACAAGAUGGACAACACGAGGCAGCAGUCGCUCAUUGGUUGCUUGAGAGAGCGAAUCGUGGAAUCCGAGGAGAAGACAAGAACACUGCUUUCUUCAAAGACUGAAACUGAAGUAACUCUGCAGGUUUUACAGAAUGAGAACAAGGAACUCCGACAGAGGAAUACUGAAUUAGAGAGCAAACUCAGGAAACAUUUAAUGGAGUGGGAUGUGGCCAAGCAGGAAGACACAAGAAGAAUUAAAGAGCAUGAUGAAUUCUUGGAGAAGCUCAGCCAUGCCAUCAAUAUUGAUUCUAGAGCAGGAGAGCAUCAUCUGGAUUUGCUGUUGUCACAGGCCGGGGAGUUGUAUAAAGAGAACAACAGGAAGACUAUCCAGAUUAGAAGCCUCGAGGAGACCAUCGGUGCCCAUGACAUGGAGUCAAAAGCCAGCCGGGAAACUAUCAUGAGGCUGGUCUCUGAGCUGGGUAGGGAACAGAAAGCUGUUGCCUCCUACCUGCAGGAAUUAGAUACCAUUCGUAAGGACUUGGACAAUGCACUGAAUGCUAAACACCACCUUGAAAGAGAGAACAGAAGCCUCCAGGACAGGCUGGACUCAACACAAAGAGCAUGGGAAGCCUCCAAGUUAGAAAUAAGAAGCUGGGAACAGCAUUCCAAAGAGCUGGAUGGGAAUUUACUGACCAGUGUGUGUGAGGCCAAAUCAGCUCAUACUCAGCUAGAGGCAUUCAAGCAUCAAUUGGCAUUCCUGCUCAACAAGACAGAUGUGAUAGUUCCACCCACUGAAGAUGCAAUCAAAGAAAGAAUCCGUGAAGUUUGUAACAGUGAGGAAGCUAGCAAACAGGUAAUGUCACGGUUGGAAGAGAAUGUGACCAAACUGACCGAGCAACUGGAGAGGCAGGUGGAUCUGCACCAAGCUGCACUGCAACGUUGCACCAAGGCAGAUCUGGGACUUUCAGAACUUCAGGAGAGAGUUCGAACCCUGGAGGGAAACCUGCUAAGCGGAGAUGUGCUGUGUGAUACCCUGAGCCAGGACAAACAGAAAUAUCUGAAGUUCUUGGAGGACAUGGCGGAGAGGAUGAAACUGGAGAGGGUGACAGCAGAGAUCGGCUUUGAUAUGCAGCUGGAUGCAAUUCUAGCCCGGGCUGAUCAACUGGUUAAAAUGGAGAAUGAGGCCAUAGUUGAGAACAAGACCCUUACGUACAACCUGAAGAGAAAGCUGAAAGCCCAGAAAGACAAGUUAGUCAGCAAAGAGCUGCACAUGGACCUGCUGAGGAGAAAGAUUGCACAACUCGAUACAGAGAAACAAACGCAAACUGCGCUGGCGGUGGAGAGAGACGAGGCCAACUUAACUGUGCGGAAGCUGAAGAAAAAGGUGGAACGCCUUGAGAAGGAACUCGUUGCAGCACAGACCUCUAGCUUAGAUCUGAAAGCAAAACUCUCUGACACUCAGGAGCUUAAGAUCAAAACGCUGGAGCAGAGCAAAACGAUAGAUGAGCUGAAUAAAUCUGUGAGGAAGCUGGAGACCUUGAAGGAAACAGCCAUAGAAAAGCUCAACGCCACAAAAUCAGACCUGGACUUCACUGAGCUUGAGGCAAAGGAGGAGAAAGAGCGAGCCCAGAGCAUUCUGGAAGCUGUGGGCAGUGAGCUGAAGACACUCAAACAAGCCCUGCAGGAAGUGGCCAGAAGAGAGAGACAGCUGUUGGAUUUCCGGGAGGUUGUCUCAAGGAUACUGGGCCUGAACGUUAAUACCCUUGCACUUCCUGAGUAUGAGAUCGUCAAACGGCUGGAAAAGCUCGCCCAAGCUCACCACACGUCUGCCAUGUCGGCGCUGUGCCUUGAGAAUUCGAUGGGUAAACUACACCAGGGUUACGUGGCAGGGUGUGAGGCCAGGCAAAGGUUGGCCAGUAGUCUCAACCAUCCAGGGUACAAGCCCACGCCUGCGUUGCCAGCACGAAGACCAAAGAGCAGCUCGUAA